AUUCAGUCGGGCGAGCGGACCUAACGACGACAACAACCUCGACGUGUGUGCGCGUUUAGGCUCUGCACGUGGAGCCUGAGAUGAGCUCCACCGACGCUCAUCUAGCAGUGGAGAAUUGUGGAGGCAGACGCCUUUGGGCACGGCGCUGGUGUCGGCGCAUCGACGACGGAGUGACCACCGAUUGGGUGAUAUCGGAGUCGGCGGGUUCCAUCGAUCCGGAUUUGGCCACCGAACGCCACGCGCGAUGCACUCAUAUGAAGCGGACAAGAGGCUGCCCCUGCUGGAGAUAAACAUCGUCGCCUCCGUUGAGAUUCCGCUCUCCUGUCUGGGAGAAACUCCACGGGAGCGGCCCCUUACCCGGAACGGCCGCGACCGCCAACAUGGCUGCUUCCGUGGGGCCUCCCACGGUGGGCCUCCUCGGGGGUCAGGGCUCUUCGUUGGUGUAGCCGCAGGCACCAAACGACGGCAGAGGAUCGACAGCUCCCCUCGUCAUCGUCGCCGCAGCGCCCCCUCGUUGGCGUUUAACUCGAGUUGUUGACUCGUCGGGGUCCCCGCUCCAAGUGCCGCCCCUUUCUGUGCUGGCGAGGCCAUCGGUCUGGCGAUGAGUUCAGGAAUCCUCGCGUCCUGCCACGGCGAGCAAGCGGCAAUCUUUGCUCACUCUGGAUCGCAGAGCGGAUGACUGAGCGCCGGAGUCGGUGGAGGAAUCCAAGUGGGCGGGCGACCGCGGUGGAUUGAAACUGUUACGCUACGACAGCAACAAAGAGCGUGGCCUCAAGCCCCUUGAAGCUUAAAACCAAAACAAUCCAAAAAAUUUCGCAGAAAUAAAGUCAAGAGUGGCACAACUAAAAUAUCCGAUGCAUUCACGACCAGGUCAGAGCCAGACACAAACAGUGCAAUAUGCUUUGACAAGGGGCCCUGGUUUUAGAAUAGAAAAAAAUUACUGAUAAAAUACAUCGGAGUCCGUCCAGGAGUUUCUGAAAGACACGGAGCGUCGCCUCGCAGCGGUUGAGUGUCUCACCGCCUGAACGCUGAAUAUUGCCUUGCAGCAGUUUGGCCCAGAAGGGGACCCUGAUCUCGGCCACGGAAGACGCCUCUAGCUGGUUGGCAUCGUUGGUCGCGCAGCGGUAGAGUGCGGCCCGCGUCGGUGUCUCUGCAUCUCAGCUCCAGGGCAGCAGCAGCAGUCGUAACGAUCGACGAGCAACCGACGAAACGUCGCAAUGCAGGACCCUCCUGAAAAGAACCAUAAGACUCAUUGAGCCUUCGCCGGCUAAAUAAAGGAUUUAUAAUUACAUAAUUACUGGCAGUGCUAGUGCUCCUAGUGUCGUGGGAGUACUGUCAGCGAUAGCGCGGUUUGAGGUAGCACGAGCAUCGGCAGUAGUGGUAGCAGUGGUAGUAGCGGUGGUAUCAGGAUCGGUGGUGGGAUUGGCAGCGGUAUCGACGGUAGGAGUGUCGGUGGGAUUGGCGGCAGCGGCGUUGUUGUCUCGGCUCUCACACUGGUGUUGCCGGCAACGCUGACGCCGGUCGUGGCCGUGGCGGUGCCGGUGGUGCGCUACGGGAAGCCCCGGAGCGAGCGGGCCAUGGGCCAGAAGGUGGCGGGCGGAGCGAAAGCGGCCGAGGCCCCGGACCCGGCUCGUCGGGGCCACGGCGGUGGCGGCGCCGCCUCGGCUCGCGCGCCCGACCUCUUCUGGCCGGCGCGCCUCGACUCCCUGUUGGAGCUGCCGCCGGCGCCGCCGGAGGUGGCGCUGAGGCACGCGUGGAACCCCGAGGACCGCUCGCUCAACGUGUUCGUCAAGGACGACGACCCCCUGACUUUCCACCGGCACCCUGUCGCGCAGAGCACGGACGCCAUCCGCGGCAAGGUGGGCUACACGCGCGGCCUGCACGUGUGGGAGAUCCGCUGGCCGAGCCGCCAGCGCGGCACGCACGCCGUGGUCGGCGUCGCCACGUCCGAAGCGCCGCUCCACUCGGUCGGCUACGCGGCGCUCACCGGUUCCACCGCCGACUCCUGGGGCUGGGACCUGGGCCGCAACAGGCUCCUGCACGACUGCAGGAACCGGGCCGACGGCGGCGGGCGCGCCUACCCGGACGCGCCGGCGUCGCUCGGCACGUUCGAGGUGCCGGACCUGUUCCUCGUCGUGCUCGACAUGGACGAGGGCACGCUGAGCUUCGUGGCCAGCGGCCGCUGCCUGGGCGUCGCGUUCCGUGGCCUGCGCGGGAAGAAGCUCUACCCCGUCGUGAGCGCCGUGUGGGGCCACUGCGAGAUCACCAUGCGCUACGUCAACGGCCUGGACCCCGAGCCGCUGCCGCUGGUGGAGCUGUGCCGCCGCGCCGUGCGUCUGGCGCUCGGCCACGAGCGGCUCCACGAAGUGGACGCCCUGCCGCUGCCCGCCGCGCUCAGGAGCUACCUCCUGUACCACUGACGGUGCUUCCGCCACCGGCCCCGACACCGCCUCCGCCGGCAUCGCCAGCAGAGUCGUCGACGCGAGCGGUUUCAAAAACAGCGUCGCCCACUGCCAACGCCACCGCGUUUUGAUCCACGAGCACUGCCACCAGCAGUCACCACCACCUCCGCAUCCGUUAGCGCCGUCACUACAAUUACCAGCGGCGUCACCGCGACCACGAGUAUCGCCACCGCAAGUCAGUCGCUAUAUCAUUGUCACAAUCAUCAUCGGGUCAUUAUCACUGUUAGCAUAAUCCUCAUCAGGAUUGAAGACAUCAUCAUCAUCAUCACAGCCAGUCAUGAGCAUUGUUGGUGAUCGUAUUCAUCCCGCGAGUCCCGAUCAUUUCAAUCGGCACCGGCUCGACGCUUCGCCGGCACCCUCCGCCCGCGGUGCCGGGUGGAGAGGAGCACCGCCGUCGAGGCCGUGCGGACUCGGCGAGCCGUUGCCGACGGGCACGGAGCGACGAGGUCGUCACCCCGCGCCGCCUCUCCACCGUCUCCUCACCGCGGCGGCGUCGACCGUCGAGGAGCGGCGGGAGGGGGGGGGGGGCGCUACGCGCCGAGGGUCUCGACGAGAGCCGCUCGGGAAAGCGGCGCGGCAUGUCCCGGGGGACCCCCGCGGGAGACGCGGCGCCGGGUCGCGAAGGCUGCGACGGAGACGCGGCGCCGGCUCGCGAAGGCUGCGACGAAGCCGGCGGCCGCGGAGGCACGUGACGUCGCGCGCGCUCGUGAGAACCCUCUUGCUGGAUUCAUGAAAGGGACCGGGUUGCUGCAGCGACGUCUUCCGUGUCCGGCGGAAGGUUCCUGGGACCACGAGGGACGCGAGGAAGGAUGGCGCGAGGAGAGAAGCUCAGUCCAGGGUUCGAAUCUGCCUCCACGAUGCUCGCCGCUGUCCGUCGCCACCGCUACCCACGCCACGGUCGCUCGAGUUGCCGCGGCCACUUCGUUCCGGGGUCGGAGCGUCGAGCCGGCACCGGCAACGUCCUGGGUUGGAUGCCGAGUGUCAGUCGUCCGAGAUUAGACCGGGUACUCAAAUCGUAGUACCGAGUCGAUGGACCCAGCCCCGUUACCGAUCAUCACACAAACAACCCCCCCAUCACAUUGCUCUUGCAUUUUGCACGCAAUUUGGCAAAAAAUUCCAGGACUUGUAAUUAAAAAACACUUCAGUUUGACUCAUGCCACCAACAUCAUCCAACCAACAUCGCUGUAGCUGGGAUGCAUGGGCAAGAGCAGCACCCCCUGGUGUGGACUGAAGGAAUCUCGGAAGCAGUUCCGUGAUCUCUCCUUCUGCGGCCAUUCUCGAUCACAGGGCGAUGUGCCUGCUCACUGCUCCUCGACGGUUCCCACUGCAUUCUCCACCUCGUGACUUUGACGCGAAUAGCACAAUUGUAAAAUACAUGGGGGGGUCGGGGUUGGGGUGGGGGGGUGGUUGGGGGGGGGCACAUAAACUUUUUGAACAAAUGAGACUUCACAUCCCAGAAUGGUUUCUGCCACUAUGUCACUAAGUGGCAAUGUCGGUCAAGAGACGGAUCGGUUGUCAGGGGAGUCGGAGCCGCAUGUUUGGGAUACCAAGGGGACAGCCUCAACACUGCCUGGAGAGAACGUGACUCACACCUUCAUCCAGCAGUGGAUAGAGAAGAGACCUGCGGUCAAUUAUAAUCAUAAUAGCAGCAUUGUUUAGCUGCAAUUACAAUAAGUAUAACACUGCGAUUACAAUUCACUAGGAGUGACACAAUUAUCAAUUGUAAUUGUCCCUGGGUCUGGAUAGAGAAUGGCACCUUGCACGUGCUUUGAGAGUCUUGGCACUGCAGGGAAACCCAGAUCGUGAUGAAUGAAAAGAGAACUUCGUAGGAAAUCGACCUACGUUGGCGAGGGUCACAUUUUGGUGGUUGGGGUAACUUGGCAACGUGCCGCGCUUGUCGCCGCUCGCCCACAGAGAGAUGUUGACACCGCGGGCACGAUGAGGUUGAUGGUUGGGGACGAGGAGGGGUGGAUUCUAACCCCUAGAUUUGGGACGCCACGACCGGCAGCGUUUACCGUCCGGGACAUUGGGCAGGGCCAGUGGAGCGGCCCGCCGGCCCUCCCGACAGCUGGGGAGCCACCCGCCUUCUAACCGCCUGCAUUCAAUAAUGAUGAUGAUGAUGUACAGAAUAUACCGCUCGCAGCCACGUGUCUAAGAGAGCAGCGUCGCGACGGCGGCAGACGGGAGGGGGCUGCACGCUGCAGGAGCGGCUAUUUGGGUUCCCGCAGAUAGAAGGCGUCUGUCGCCUCGUCAGCGGUGGUAGUGGCCGGGUUUUGUAAUCGGGGGGGAAGGUGCCGAUUUGGCAGCCGUGGAUCGGCCGACGGCAAAAGGGGAGAGUCGGCGGCACGCCGAGCACGCUCCCCCUGCAUCGCCCGCGCGGAGACGACGCCGACGUCUCGUGCGCCGAAGCGGUUAGUGAGAGCCGCCUGUUGAGCUCCGAGCACAACGGCAGCGGUUUACCCAACGCAGCCGCUAAGUGCCAGCAGCAGCAGCAGCGUUGUCGCAGUGUGAUGUGGGGCAUAUUGGCGGUGGCUCUGUCAGUUAGGGCAGCCUUAACAAUUGAAAAGCAAAAUGUAUAAUUAAAAAGGAAUCCAUUAUCGUCAUGCCUAUAGGUAUAUGGUGACUGAGGCGCGUGAGAUUUCGUCAAAGUAAAGGGCUGGUACCUGCCCCCCUGAAGACCUAACAUCACGGCCGCUCUCCCCACCUGCGGACGAUCAGUGCCGGCGCCACUCCACCUUGGGCAAUUAAACGGCCGUCGGCAAUCAUAACGCAGAUGUACGAAAUUAUUUACCAAAUAAUAUAUUUAUAUCCUCGCUGCGAGCUUGGCAUGAAGGACGCAAAGCCACCGGCUCAGUCUGCGACUGGCACUGCCCGAGCAUUUUGUACGAUUUACGAUGGUUUAUUAUUCUUUUAGUUGCUACACAAUUUCUGUACGGAGACCGUUUACUCAGGGGUAGGGGUGGUGGGGGAUUUGCCGAUUGCACUCCCAGGAUUUCCUGCUGCGGCCGUAAAUUCACGGAGCCGAUCGGCAGAGAACGCUUGUCGUCUCGAGCCGCGGUCUGACAAUGUGACGAUUUACGCGUGCGGCUAGCGAGCUCGUCGCCAGAGCCCGGCUGUGUCAACGCGCUGUGUCAUCGCGCGCUCGAGUGCGGCACGGCCUCGACCUCGUGAACGCGUCUCAAGAUGCCCUACAGGGACUGUCACCGCGGAGGCCGUUGGCGAUCGUGCUUCGUGCCUCUCCCGAUAUUUCGUUGAGGUCGUGUCGCACGGCGUUCGGCACGACACCCGAUGUUUCGCUCCGCGCGCCGAGAGCUUCGACUUGAAGCGACACGUCAGGCAUCGUGCCGAACGCGCGGCACGACCCAAUCGCACGUCCGAGAGCCGUGUUCAGCCAUAUUGAGCCAUAUUUUUUUACAUUUCAGGAGAACCGUGAGAAAUAUUUCGACUUACAUCCUCAUUCAGACACACGUAAUAACUUUGGGCCGUGGUCUGCGCCCUCCUGGACUUGACAAAUUUAUGGAAGCGCAGAGAGAAGUGGUCAUCUUGGCAGAGAAACAUAAACAACCUUGAAAUCAGCGGAAUGCUCAUAAGAAAGGGGCCACGUGCCGGCCAUGUGAUUUGGGGUCGUGAUUCGAGGUCCUCUUGUUUCCGCCAUCCCCAUUCUACUGUCGCUCAUUUGAUUGCUGCGUGGUUUAUAGCGUCGUCAGCACUCCAUGAGCCUAAUUGUAGCACUCGCCAUAUCACUUGCGUGUUCGGAAAUAAUUAUCACAGGCACGAUUCAAUGCAUUUAUCGCGACCGUAAAAAAACUGGUCAGACACAAAUCAAUGCAUCGUUAACAUAUGAUUUUAAAAGUCCUUAUAUAUCAUUAUAAGCAUAUCGAUAAAAUAUUCCUCCCAAGGUAAAAAUGCUGCCACAGUAGUGUGGCGGUAGCACAAGCAAUCCAAAGGUCGCUGGCGCGGCAGUUAAAACAUUGUUAUUAACCACGCCUCUGUUCACCCAGCAAUUUUAAAUGGCUAUAUCACAGUCGUGUGGCGGGGUAAAGUGUGGGUACACCGACCCCCUAGCAGCUACAAUCAGCUGGAGCGAGCGGUGCUCUGAAACACGUUCUCAUAGUCCCAUGGGCCUAGAGCAGAAAUGCGACCCCACUUGAGGUAGUUACUUGAUAACACACUCGAUUAAAAUGGUUACCACAUCGCCCACUAUUCUUGGCCACACAAUUAAACCGUAGCCACGAGGCGGUUGCCAUCUCAAGGUGGCACAGAAAAGUGAAACGUGGACCGUAAGCGGCGUUCGUCGGGCCAACCGCUCUGCUCAAGAGCCACCGCCGGCGACGACGAUUUAAUGCCACGGUGGGCAGCAGCAGCGGGGGGGGGGGGGGGGGGGGAGCCAUGUCCAAACCUCGGUGGGGUCCGCUCACCCUCGCCUGACCCCGCGGCGACACUCACGACGCUGCCGAAGGUCAUUUGGUCAUUUGAGCGCCGAUCCCUUCACACUUUGCGCUUGAGCGCCGGCUCCUUCUCUCUCUCUUUCUCCAGAGAGAGAGUCGGGUCACGGCACGGUUCGCUGCGCAGUAUUUAAGUGAAUGUUCAUUUUAAUUUAAUUGACCUCGAUGCAACGACACACAGAGGUGUGCUCACGAACAGCAGGAGGACUCAACUCCCACGAUGCCUUGCAUGCACGUCACCACCACAUUGCAUGCAAUGCUCUCGGCCUGGUCUUCUACCUCGCUGGAAAGCAGACAAACGUGUAACCAAAUUAUAAAAAAUGUAAAUCCUAUACUCUAAUGGAAAAAAGCAAAUAGGCCAUGCAGGCCUCACAGAUUGUUUUGCUUAUUCUCACGGUGAAUUACAAACUGCAAAAAAGCCAUAAACAAAGAUGCAAUUACAUCAUGCAUGGCAGGCACACCUCGUAUGCUUACGCUGCCAAGAGCAUCCGAGUGUGGCGAACGGACUCGCAAACAGACUUUUUGCCUUAUCGCGACCUCUAUCACCACAGGGGUGAAACUCUCAAAUCCCACACGCGCCUUCAGAAGCUGUUGCAUUAUUCUUUGUGGACGGCGAUUUCUCCGACCGCCGUGCCAACGACGGUGAAGCCUUCAUUGGGCUUGGCGGUUUAAGAACAGGCGACAGGGCCCUAACCGCAGCUUGCGGACCUGCGAGGUCGUGUUCAAACCCGUCGCGUGCGAAUGCUGCCGGUAGCGUGCAUGGCAAGCGAACGCCGGUUACAGAUUUCCCGCAUGAUGACAUUUUCUUAGGGAGUGGGCACGUUUUUUUGUGCAAAAUUUGUUUGAAAAUCGUUCGAAUUACCGCCCGCCUAUUAUGCAACCCUCCGCCUUCCUGUUUAGUCGUUUCCAUUUCAGAAUCCACCCAAUUCAACAAAAAAAUCUCCAAAAGAGCACACAAGGCGUUGGGCUGUCUUGCCUGUGCACACAGACUGUUGUUGUGUCCACCACCACUGCCUACACCUGCCUCCACACGCGAGGGUUGCCACCUGUCCUGCUUUCACCACGAGCAUCCUCUUCUUGAGGUCGCUGCUGGCACCAGGGAAAUCUUCCGAGUCUUCCUGGGGCAUAGAAAGUCCCAGUUUUUGUGAGUUUCCUCAUACACCACUCCAACUCAUCACAUUUACACCCAGGUAUCCUUUCGUCCAGCAUUGUGAGAUAUAUCAUUCUUAUUCCCCUCGCAUCUCCUGGAUGUUUGUGCCGCAGGUGGCAACCCAACCACAGCACUUUACAACAGCACCAGUUCCCCAGCUCGGGCACCACCAACCCUACCCCCAUGCCGACCCAUGUGCACUAGAAAUCCAAUGCUGUACACACUGUAUGCACUAUCAAUACCGAUCUUUGCUUGUACGGCAUGGGGGAGGUGGAGGUGGUGGCUCGCGAAACGUCACACGGAGCAAAUCGUAAGGGCACAAAGCACCCGCAAGCCAACGCCAUAAACGCUUCGAGUGCCUUGUUUUUAUUCACGAACUCCUCUCCUUGGCGAUCCCGGCAGCUGCUGCUCCUCUCCCAUUGCAUUCGUUCAUCUUUGACCGCUCGCGAUCGCUACCAAGAGCCCGUGUGACCUCCUCCUCAUCCUCCUCUCCCGCUCCACCCGAGCGUGCGUGGAGCCGUGGCUGGCGCCUUCAGAAGUUCUCUCUUUUAUUUAAUUUCAUUCUGGGGUCGUCUUCAUUUCACGGGCAGCGAAAGCGCCCGCGGCCGUCGUUCGUUCGCGGUUCGCAGCCACCGCGAGGCGUCCCUCGUCGCUUCGUUGUGCUCACCACUCCCAAUUGUUGUGCUCACCACCCCGUGUCGUUGUGCUCACCACUCCUAAUUGUUGUGCUCACCACUCCCAAUUGUUGUGCUCACCACUCCCAAUUGUUGUGCUCACCACCCCGUGGUGUUGUGCUCACCACCCCGUGGUGUUGUGCUCACCACCCCAUGGUGUCGUGCUCACCACCCCGUGUCGUUGUGCUCACCACCCGUGGUGUUGGGCUCACCACUCCCAAUUGUUGUGCUCACCACCCCGUGUCGUUGUGCUCACCACUCCCAAUUGUUGUGCUCACCAAUCCGUGUUCGACUCGCGCAACGUUCCUAGCUUCAGCGCAUGCUUACAGUUUCCAUGACGGAUAUUCACCCCGAGGUUGUACUUAUUGUUGUUGUUCUCUGGGAGGUGGGGAGGGAGGGGGGGGGAGUUGUUUGUCGGUGAGAUGUGACAAAAGUUCACGUUGAGGCAGGCGAGGCAUUUUGCGCCAGGACCGAUGAAUCGGGGUUCACCUUCAUCCUCGCCGCAGUUGUCAGCACGGCACGCGCCACGGCAGCCAUCGAAGAGCUCAGCCGUCCGUGAUCAUGUUCAUUUCAUUUUCGCGCAUUUCAAUGUCCACGUUUCGAGGCUUUAAAUUGAAUGUCCGCAAUUAAUAGCGGCGGUGUGGAGUUGGUGGUGGGUGGGUGGACCCCGAAGAGAUGCAAUGGAGUCGCGAAAUAAAAACGUGGGGUCCUUUCUUCUCGCAGCCCCUGAGGUUGUGCUGUGCGCCACUCCCGACGCCACGGAAUGCCUCCGCCGUGUCUCCGCCGCGACCCCCACACGGGCUCCGCGUGACCGCUUUGCCAUCGACAGUUCGUUCAUUUUCGGGAGUUUUUCUCGCUCUCUCCACAUCGAGUUGGUUUUUGUCGUGCGCGCCCGUUUGUUUUAGCGACUGUACAAAAUGUCGUAAUAAACUAAAAUCUUUA